CGUAGCAGGUGACAAGAUUAUGUUCGAUUCCGACAGGCCCAAUGCUUCCGCGAUUCCGCACUCGCUUUAUUUUCGCACUCUUUUGUCAGAACUGACGAUCUCUCGUGCUGGUGAUUCCAGGAGUGUGAGUGAAAAGAUGCAAAACAUGAAGACUAUUGCACAAGACAAAGACAUCAUGACGAAAAGAACUAUGCCGACAGUAUCUCAGCAGCCAGACACAGGAAAUCAGCUCAGUGUGGCGUGUGCUGCUGUGGAGAUUACUCGGGGAAAAAACAUCUGGUUAGAAUUCCGAAAUGAUAACGAUCAAAGCGCGAACGUUAGCGAAUUCUUAAAUCCUUUCAGAGUUCUCACUGGCGUUGGUAACCCUCAGAACCACAACCACAAACGGUCGAACUUCGCGACUGAUAUUCCGUCACAUGUGCACGGCAGCAUCAAUAGGACGUCCACCUCAAGGAUCAGGCCCCGCAACAGGGCCGACCGAAAGGGCAAGAAGAGGGUGUCUGCCGAAGAGGGCCUCGCCGGGGCAAAGGGGCAAAGCGCAAGUAAGGCAUUGGGCCACGACUUUCGCACGGACAUUCCCGAAGCCAUAAGUGUUGCACAUGGGGGUCGGAAAGUCAAGGAUCAAUUCUUUUCUGCAGAAGGAAGAAGGACGAAAGAAAGUCGUCGGAGAACAAAAGAAAAUAUGAGAGAUCUUCGUAAAGGCGAUCACGAGCAGAGUGAAAUAAUACUGAAAAGCACGGAAGAAAAUGCAUAUAGAGGAACAACCAGUCAUCAACGAAAAGAAAAGUCACGGGAAAAACCGAGUGACAAAAACCUCGAGGGAGAAGACCGAGGAAUGAAGAAUGGAUUCCGAAAGAACAGUGAAUAUCAUGCAACUGAAAAAGAGAGAACCCGGUAUGUUGAAGACAGUGUAGCGCCUAUAGCAAAAAACAAGAGUGAAGUCAAUAGGAAGUGGAGGGGACACAUUACCACGAGUAAGGUGGAGGAUGGCACGAGUGUGGACAAGGAUGUGAUCUUCGCUGGGACGGGGGAGGAGGCAGUAAAUGAAAAAAAUCUAAAGCAUGUACAUUUUGAAAAGGCUGAACGAUCUGAAAAGAUUUACAACACGUAUGGUACCAAUGGAUGGAAGGAAGUUAAGGGGUUGACAGAAAAUGAGAAGGAAGAUGAAUGGAAGAAGAAAACAGUAUACAAUGAAGAAAGAGAGAAUACGUUCUCAGAAAUUCGGAUUUCGACACAUAUUCCAGGACUGAGAACAACAAUCAUUUCGGGCCUUGAGCUAAAUAAUGGUCAUUCCCUCUUCAAAUCAUCUCCGGCUCAAGAAUUGUAUUUCAUCCCUGAUACUGACUCAGACAGUGUCUCCGACCCCACUCUGGAUGAAGAUGAGUCACGGAUCUUUGUUCCUUCGACUCGCGCUGCUUCCGCAACCGACAGCUCUGCGCUGCCUGAUCCUCGCCUCUACACCGUAACGAUGGCGGAAGCUUAUUUUGCUCUGACAACCUCAAAAAGCUUUUCUUUCUGGCAGACACAAGUGGGAAAAGAUGAAAGGCCACCGCCGACUCCAGACCAGAGCGCAACUUCCGCACAGAACGAGGCGCCGGAUGAGGAUGACGAGACAGUGGAUGCGAGGAUUGGGGCCACCGAAGAGGGGAAAAUCACUAACAUUGACGUCUUCCACCACCGCCAUAUCCACGACUUCGUCUCCACAAAGUCGCCCUCGACACUUACUGAAAAGUUGCAGGAAGUGACGACCCUCAAUAACCUCGCUUCAAAGGAAUUUCAAACCAUGAUUGCCGAGAUUACACACAAGGGACAAGGGAGCGUCAAGAGCAGAAAUCAAGAAGAAAAUGAGACACUGGAAAAAGUCUUUGACGAAGGAAAUUACAUCGAAGAAAACAAAAGUCGUGAUGGUGAUGCAGCAGACGAUGGCCUGGGGGAGACCCCGCUGACCAACGGCAGCAGCGGAAGGCGCACUCCGUCGACGGUGCCCCUGCUGGACACGGAGGGCACCGUCCGCAUUCCCUGCUACGUCGUCAUUUUCCUUCUCGGGGUCGUCGGAAACAGCUUGGUCAUCGUAACGCUCCUGCAGAACCGGAAAAUGAGGACUAUCACAAACGUCUUCCUGCUCAACCUAGCGAUAUCCGACUUACUGCUUGGCGUGUUCUGCAUGCCGGUCACUCUCGUGGGUUCCCUGCUUCGAGACUUCAUCUUCGGGGCUGUCAUGUGCCGUCUCAUUCCUUAUUUCCAAGCUGUGUCCAUCUCCGUUUCCGUGUGGACGCUGGUGGCCAUCUCCCUCGAGCGAUACUACGCCAUCUGCCAGCCGCUGAGGUCCAGGGGAUGGCAGACGCUCUCCCAUGCUUACAAAAUCAUCAGCAUCGUGUGGCUGUUAUCUCUGGUUGCCAUGGCUCCCAUCGCUGCUCUCUCCAAGCUCCUGCCUAUCGGAAGUACUAACCGCCACAAGUGCCGUGAGAUGUGGCCGAGCCUGCACCUGGAGCGCGGCUUCAUGCUGUUCCUGGGCUUGGGUCUGCUGCUCGUGCCUCUGAUGAUCAUGGUGGCUGCGUAUUCCUCGAUCACCGUGUCUCUCUGGCACGGAAUGCGCCUGGAACGAGAGACCGGACAAGGUACCAACUCCUGUACGCAUAUUCUUGUUUCAAUUUCACUUAGUACCUUUAAAUAUAAUCAGGCACCAAGCACCACAGCGUCCAGAACACCAGGAGGGAAAACGCUGCGGAGCACGCACCUCGAGAAGAGCAUCGAAGCCAAAAAGCACGUAAUCAGAAUGUUGUUCGUCGUCGUCCUCGAGUUCUUCCUUUGCUGGACGCCGAUCUUCGUCGUGAACAUCUUGUGUCUGUACAUCCCGGAGCAGGUGUACCGCGCCUUAGGCUCCUUCGGAAUAUCUUUCUUACACCUCCUGUCGUACGCGUCCUCGUGUUGUAAUCCCAUUACUUACUGCUUUAUGAACAAAAAGUUUUUACAGGGAUUUCGCCACGCCUUCGGAUGCCGUAAGGACACAGAGCGGCAAGCCAGGCAGAACGGGACGGGCGCCAGCUUCAGGAGCCAGAGCAACAACGCCCUGCGACUCGUGGGCGAACUCAAGAGAGACGGAAGGGAGACAACUGUAUAGUUAACGAAUUCUUCGAGUUAAAACUAUUUUAUGUUGUAAACAAUUAUAUGUGUACAUUUCUGUAUGUCGGAGGAUGCAUUCCAUCAGGUUUCCUCUACACCUGUCUGUCGUCUAAAAAAAAAAAAA